GAACGAGUACUCGAAUAGUAGAAGAGAGAGAGAGAGAGCGCCACCAUUUAAGACCAUACACGAGAGUGCUCAAUUAGACAUUCUCCUUAACCUUCACUCCACAUUCCACAAACCCUAGAUCUUCAACCUUUACUUUGAAUUCCACGUUUCUACAUCACUGUGCACCCUUUGAUUCUCUCACAAACGACCUCAAACUCAUCUUCAGAUCCGAACAAUUCAACAAUUCACGCCCUCCCAAUUCAGAUCACAAAAUAUCUGGGAUGAGGUAGCUAUUUAUGCUGUUGAGUGAUAGAUAUCGAAUUUCAUAAUAUCUAUGGCAAUGCCAUCGGGAAAUGUGGUCAUAUCAGAUAAAAUGCAGUUGCCGACCGGUGGUGGUGGGUCCGGCGGAGGCGGUGAGAUCCACCACCACCAGCGGCAGUGGUUCCCUGAUGAGCGUGACGGGUUUAUCUUUUGGUUGCGUGGGGAAUUUGCUGCAGCCAAUGCGAUAAUAGACUCAUUGUGUCAACAUUUGAGGUUGAUAGGAGAACCAGGAGAGUAUGAUGGGGUUAUAGGUUUUAUACAGCAAAGGCGGUGCAAUUGGAACCCAGUUCUUCAUAUGCAGCCGUACUUUCCGGUUGCUGAAGUCUCAUAUGCACUGCAGCAGGUGAUAUGGAGGCGGCAACAGCGGCAUUUUGAUCCAGUAAAGGGGCAGGGGAAAGAGUUUAGGAGAUCUGGUUUUGGGUCUAGGCAGGGACAGAGGGUUGAACAUGUCAAGGAUGUUUAUAAUUCUAAUGUAGAAUAUCAUAGUCAGGAUGACAAUUCUUUGGCCAAUUCCAAUUCCAUGGCAUUGGGGAAAGGAGAACGUGUGGCUGGAAAGGGUGAAGAACCCAAAUUGGGGGACGAGGUGGUGAACGUUAUGGAGUUGGAGGAUAAGAGUGUGGCACUUGCAGAGGAAAAAAAAGAUGUGGUCGCAAGUCCUCAACUAGACAGCUGCAUCAAGGGUUCAGGCAACUCACAAGUAAACAUUUCUGGCAAUUCAGAACCUGAGGCAGAAGGGGUGGAUGAUGGGAAUGCAUCAAACUCCAAAGGGCCUUGUAAUGUGCUUCCGGAGAAUGAUUCCAGUUCUAUGCAAAACUCACAUGAGAAGCAGAAUCUCACAAUUGUUCCAAAAACUUUUGUUGGUGCAGAGACAUUUGAGGGAAAGCAGAUAAAUGUGGUUGAUGGAAUGAAAUUGUAUGAAGAACUAUUUGAUGCCUUAGAAGUUUCAAAACUUGUCUCAUUGGUCAAUAAUUUGAGAGCUGCAGGGAAAAGAGGGCAGUUUCAAGGACAAACGUUUGUGAUGUCGAAGAGACCAAUGAGGGGGCAUGGAAGAGAGAUGAUUCAGUUUGGCCUGCCCAUUGCAGAAGCACCUCCUGAUGAUGAAAUUGCAGCUGGGACCUCCAAAGAUCGGAGAAUAGAACCCAUUCCUGGCUUGCUGCAAGAUAUAAUCGAUCGAUUAGUUAGCAUGCAAGCAAUCACUGUAAAACCAGAUUCUUGUGUCAUUGAUAUCUUUAAUGAGGGUGAUCACUCACAUCCUCACAUGUGGCCAGCAUGGUUUGGAAGGCCUGUCUCUGUCCUAUUCUUGACAGAAUGUGACAUGACCUUUGGGAAAGUGAUCGGAACAGAUCAUCCUGGGGAUUAUAGAGGCUCUCUUAAGCUUUCUAUUCGACCCGGUUCUCUGCUUGUAAUGCAAGGAAGAUCUGCAGAUUUUUCCAAACAUGCUAUUCCCUCCCUCCGCAAACUGCGGAUACUUGUUACGUUGACAAAGUCAGAGCCAAAGAAAACCACAUCAAAUGAUGGUCGUCUAGCUUUGUCUGCGGUACCAUCACCCUCGCCUUGGGGCCCACCAUCUAAUAGGUCAUCCAAUCAUAUUCGCCAACCUGUGCCUAAGCAUUAUGGUCCGGUUCCAACAACUGGGGUAUUGCCUGCUCCAUCCACUCGUCCACAACUAGCACCUCCAAAUGUCAUUCAGCCGCUUUUUGUGCCCACCGCAGUUGCUGCAGCCAUGCCUUAUCCUGCACCAGUUGCUCUUCCACCUGCUUCAUCUGGAUGGACAGUGGCUCCGCCCAGACAUCCUCCACCUCAUCUACCAGUCCCUGGCACUGGAGUCUUCCUUCCUCCGCCAGGUUCUGGUAAUUCAACUCAACAACUAUUGUCAACUACUGAAACCACAGAGACACCAUCCUUGCCAGAAAAAGACCGCGGUUUGGGGAAUUCAAAUGGUAAAAGUAGUGCUUCUCCAAAGGGUAAAGUAGAUGGAAAAAUGCAACAGCAGGACUGCAAUGGAAGAGCAGUGGCAAAGGAUGAACUACAACAAAGCCUUGAUGUAAAGGUGGUUAGCGAAUCUGCUGGAACAGUUUAGAGAGAGAGAGUAGGAUUGUGGCUCAGAGCAAAGGGAUAGGCUGCAUACUGCAAUGAGUUUGAAGCAAAUGUAAAAAGCGGCAAAAAUUGAGACUUGAGCAUAGUACCAGUGGGCAAAGGGAAGGAGGGAUAUUUUCAGUUCUUUUUACAGUCCCUUCUGCUCUAUGUUCCUUUUUUUGUUAUCCUGUCAUAUGGAUUCUGAUACUAGUCGAGCAACUUAUAUUUCAAUUUAACAGUAGCGCUUCUUUCUGUCU